UGCCGCCACUGUACGACUCUGGGAGCGGCUGAUGUAGAACUGUAUGCGCUAGUUAUUCUAAUUCUUUGCCGGGGGGGUACUCCUGAGGAGCGAAUGAAGAAACAAAUUUUGCUCUUGUUCACAUUUCGAGGACUGGUAAGCAAAGGGAAAAAAGGAAAAAAGAGAAAAUGGCCAAGUUUGUGUUACGACCAGCUGAACCAAAGGAUGUAUCUGAUAUCUUGCGACUCAUAAAGGAACUUGCUAAAUUUGAAGAGAUGGAGGAGAAGGUGAUGCUCACUGAGAAAGAUCUGCUUGAGGAUGGCUUUGGAGAUCAUCCGUUCUACCAUUGCUUGGUUGCAGAAGUCCCAAAAGAUCAGAGCACAGAAGGAUUUUCUGUGAUUGGCUUUGCAAUGUACUACUUCACAUAUGACCCGUGGAUUGGAAAGCUUCUCUAUUUGGAAGAUUUCUAUGUCAUGCAGGAGUUUCGAGGCUUUGGCAUUGGUUCACAAAUCCUGAAGGUGCUGAGUGAGAUUUCUGUAAAGACCCGCUGUAGCAGUAUGCAUUUCAUUGUAGCAGAAAACAACAAGCAGUCUAUUGAGUUCUACAAGAGAAGGGGCGCCGCUGACCUGUCCUCGGAAGAGGGCUGGCGUCUCUUUGAGAUCCAAAAGAAGGACCUGGUGAAGAUGACUGCAAAAUAAAACAUACUGAUCACCUAUAGAGAAUUUGGGUUUUAAUAUUUCUGUAUCUUUGAUUCUUACCUGAUUCUACAACAUUUACCUCAUUCACAUUGCAAAUUAAGCAGAUUAACACUUAUUAACAAACUACUUACUAGUAAAAACAGUUUUUUAAGGCUUUAUGAAGGCAAAUUACUCAGUCUUUGAAGUUAGAUUCUUUUGUAGAAGUUAUAUUCUUGUGAUUUAUGAACCCAAUAAGUGGAUAGAAAGUAGCCUAUACAUUAAAAUUUGCAGUAUUGGUAUGCAAUAAUGAACAUCUAUGUUGUUUUAAUAUGAAAUGUUAAAAGUUAUCUUGUAAAUUAAAUCUGUAUUGGAGGUUUUUGGUUUCAUUAAUUAAAAAUGAGUUAUAUUGUCAAAUGUAACAGUAAAUGUGAUGUUUUGAAAAUGGUAAUGAAUAAAAUAUGAAAAUCUAAGUGCAUAAUUUGCUAUUGUCAGAAAUAAGCGUAAAUUAAAUAUACUUUAGAAGAGAAGCAACCACCACCCCAGCAAACUUUGUCAGUUUAAACUUUGUUCAUAAUACAGAUUUUAAAUAAUAAAAAUGUUACAUUUUCAAACAAA